CAUAAUAUCAAAGUAUGUUACGUAAAAAGAAGAUUAAACUCGUUUGCAACAUUAUAACAUUCCGCUUUAUACCAUAAAUCACCAGGUAAAAGUUCGCAUAACGCACCGUUUUUUACAAGCUUGUAUGAAUUACUUCCCUUUGUUGUGACGUCAUUGUUGAAAUUAGGACACGCCGCCAUAUUGGAAAUCAUAGCGAAACUGUAAACAAUCACGGGUCAUUUAACUUUAAACACUGCUACUAUUUAGUAAACUCAUGGAUUUCUCUGACGAGUCGGAACUUUAUGAGGACGAUGUCCAUGAAAUACGACCGUAUAUGUUUGAACCAAGAAUUGAAAUCCAGAAUCAGGAAGCAGAGCAGAGCGAGUCUGACUCUGACUCUUCCGACAACAGUUCUGAUGAUUCUUACAUCGGAAACGUAGAUGAUUGGUGUGAAUGUGGAUGUUGUGUUAACAUGCCUUCAGCCAAUGAGAGGAAGUGCUGCCAAUCGACAAACAUUGUUGAUGGGAAGGCAGAAGCAGAAGGGGUACCCUGCAUCACCCUUCAUGAGGGGUUCCAGGUAAACUGCCUGAACAUCCAUGUGUUGGAAACCUCCUAUUACGAGUUUGUUCAUGACCAUGGGCCAAGAGAAGAAAAUCAAGAAAUUCAUGAGUUGUAUCGAUACCUUGCCUACAGGCGUUUUACCAGAUGGGUCUACGGAUUACUUUCAAAGAAGUGUAGGCGUGUUAUUCCUGCAUGUGCAGUCAACGCCAUAAGAACACAGUUCCCUUCAGAGCAAUACAGUGGGUUUCAAUACCCACAAUAGAUGUCUCUUUAAAUUGUAUUGUACAUUGUGGAAAUAAAUUUACACUAGUUUA